CACGUAUCGCACGCUGCAGCGGAAACACUGGAUUCUGGUUCGGAUCGGGGUUCGCUAUAGUAUAGGUUGGGUUUCGGAUUUCGGAUUUCGGCACUCGUCGUUUGUAUCGGUCGGUUUGGUCCGCUUGAUCGGUUGGUUGGCCAACUGCAAGCUCAGCGGUUUUGCGUUUUUCGUUUUUCGGGGCCCUGCAUUCGGCAGUUGUGAUUGAUGGACUGCAGUCGCUCCGCCAGCUCUGACCUCUAACCUCUAACCUCUGACCCCCCAGACAAUCGAAUUCAGUGACUUAAAGAGGUCUCUUUUUAUGAGGGUCCGGGUCCCGUUGACCGAUUCUAAAAAAGGACACCCAUCAACGCAAGAAUAUAUCAAAUAAAAGACGUUCAAUUUCGCCUUUAUUCUUGUGCCCGGUUUUUCGGAUUUCGCCAUUCGCAUUUCGCAUUUCUCGAGCUUGUCGACGUCGUGUGCGCGGUCUUCAUAAAUUAUACAAGAGCGCAUUUUGCGAACGACUUGCAAAUAAAUAAGCAUUUACGCUUUUAUUAUUGCCCGGCGUGUGUGUUGUUUGUGAGUGUGUUUUUUGGAGCAGGAGCCGGAGUUCUGCGGAAAUCGCUCCCAUGUGGCGCAAACCGGGGGAAUAAAAUAAAACCGAACCGAGGGUUCCCACUUAAAAUAUCAUUUUUGCAUACAAUCAACAUCUAGCCGUAAAAGUGUGUUCGUCCCUAUAAAUAUUUCGGGAUCCGCUCUGAUUUGUGUGUGCUGAUAAGCCAGUGAUUGCAAGGCAUAAAACCCAGGCCCCCAUAAAAGAUAUCUCAAGCAGAAAAUGCCAGGAGACACCGCGGCGUAUACUUAAUCUUGUCAACGGGCCCGAAGCAAGGCUAAAACAAACAUGAACUGCCUUUGUCGCCCAUCACGGAUUAUGUCCGUGCGCAUUAAUUUGCUGGAUGAAACCGAGUUUAUACACGAGAUCAAGGAUGAUUUGCCCGGCCAGGCUCUGCUGGAUGUCGUCUUCGCCAGGCUCAAUUUAAUCGAGACCUCAUACUUCGGCAUACGUUACAUAGACGAGGAAAAUCAGACGCACUGGCUAGAUCCUGCGUCGCGUAUUUCAAGACAACUCAAGCCCAAAUCGGAUCCCUAUGACCUGUAUUUCGGCGUCAAGUUCUAUGCUGCUGAUCCCUGCAAACUGCUGGAGGAAAUAACCAGGUAUCAACUCUUUCUGCAAGUCAAACAGGACGUUCUGCAGGGACGACUGCCCGUGGCCUUUGAACUGGCCGCCGAACUGGGAGCCUUUGUGGUGCAAUCGGAACUCGGUGACUACGAUCAGCGGCGCCACUCGAAGGGCUAUGUGUCCGAGUUCCGGCUGCUCCCCAACCAGAGCAACGAGCUGGAAACCCGCGUCUCCGAGCUCCACCAGCAGCUGAAGGGAAUGUCGCCCUCCAGUGCGGAGCUCAACUAUCUGGACAAAGUCAAAUGGCAUGAUAUGUAUGGCGUGGAUUUGCAUCCCGUCCUGGGCGAGGACAGCGUGGAGUACUUCCUGGGCCUGACUCCGAGCGGGAUUGUCGUGCUGCGCAACAAGACGACGGUGGCUCAUUACUAUUGGCCGCGCAUUGCCAAAGUUUAUUAUAAAGGACGCUAUUUUAUGCUCAGGAUAAGCGAUAAAAAUAACGAGCUGAGCACCUACGGAUUCGAGACGCCUCGCAAAUCGGCCUGCAAACACUUGUGGCGAUGCUGCGUGGAGCACCAUGCCUUCUUCAGGCAGGUGCGAGUGGCCCCCCUGCCCAGUUCGCAGUCGCAUGCCGCCGAUUUGUUCCAACUGGGAUCGCGCUUCAGGCACAGUAGUCGUCCGGACAAGCAGGCGGAGAAGGAUGCACUUUCCGCCGGACGAUCGCCGCCCGCCUUUACCCGCACUCCCUCGAAACGCCAGCCGCGCCGCGUGAUUGAUGACUUUUUCAACAGCAAUGGGAAUGGGAAUGGAACUGGCAGUGGCCAUGGAGCCAAUGGAGCCAGCGGAGCGGGAACAUUAGGAGCAGACCGGGGCGGCAGCCACAUGGGCAACAGGCCGCUUCCGCAGCCCGGAAUGGGCACCAUCUCCAACAACUACGACAGUCCCUAUCGAUCCACCUACAGCAUACCCACCAGCUUGGGGAUCAGACCUUGCCAUCAGCAGCAGCAGCAGAACAACAACUCCAGCAGCUACAACAACAACAGCGGGGGCAACCUGCAGACACCUGACUCCCCGAGGAGCACCCGGAGUGCCCCCUGGCCGAGGUCCCAGCAGCGGUCCCUCUUCGGCCACAAUCCUUCGAGUCCGCGAUCCGUGAGAUCCGCCAGCACGGCGGGCGGGGGGCUGCACCACCAUCACAGCCACCACAGCCACGGGCACGGAACCAGCCACCAUCCGCACCACCAGUCCUCGUCGGCGGGGGCCACCUCCUCGUCCUCGCACCACCAGCGGCAGCGGGCCAGCUCCUCAUCCGCCUCCCACCAGCAGCAGCGGUACCGCUCCAGUUCCGUGGAGAGCCACUCCUCCAACGACUCGAGGUCCACGCGCAAGCAUAAGCACCGUCACCGUCGCACCUCUGAUAACGAAAGCGAGCUCUCUAGAGGAUCGGGUCGCUCUGGAAGAUCAGGGCGUUCGCAUCAUCGCAAACACCGUCGAUCGCACCGGCACCGAAGGGACUCGGCUGGAGGAUCGGACCACGACAGCACACGAGGACGCAGCUACUCUGGCCAUCGAAGCUCCUCGAUGAGGAGUGGAAGUGCGGAACUCAUAGAUUCCACUUCCCAAUGGAGGGAGGUUCAGAGGCGCCAGGCGGAGGCCAGUUUGGGCCAGAGUUCCGUGCAGCAGGCAGCUGUUUCCAAGAGCAGCAUGGUGGCCAGGAGCCUGCACAGCAACGACAGCCACUCGGACACCCAUUCGCACCACAAGUCGAGAAGGCAUCGCAAGAACAAAUCCCCAUCGGAAUCGCGCAGUCGAAUGUGGAAUAGUGAGCUGGCGAAGCACCUUCAAUUCGACUUGGUGGACACGGAGGGCAUGUCGGAGCAGCAGCUAAGGGAGAUUCCCUAUACGGUGGUGGAGACCACUUCGAAGAGGUCCAAUUCCAACCUGAAGAUCCACAAGAGCAACAGCAAGAGCAGUGUGGGAGCCAAGAGCACGGGAUCGGGCAACACCAUCACCAAUGGCAGUGGGUCGGGUAAUACGGGUCAGGCCAGGAAUCGAGUUGAUCGUAUCAGAGGACUUUACUAUCAAAGCUCGCACCCACACGACGCCAAUGGAGGUCCUGGAACUGGUGGACAUGCGCCCAAGAAUGGUUCCAUACGAUCUGCCAGCACUAUAUCCUCAAGGGAGUGCGAACGAAAUAAUGGUCUAGUUAGAAUGAUGUCCAGCAUGAGCAUGGGUGACUUUAUCUCACCCACUGGCUCGAAUCUGAGUCCCUUGGAGAACUCUGCCCUACGCGUGUCCCAUGAGCACACAGACUCUGGACUGGGCGCUGAUCAGGACUAUGCAUAUUCAUCGGAGAGAUCCAGCGACAGCACUCGCUACGGCACCAACAAAUCCUCUGGCGCCUCGAGCGGAUCGCACCGGAAGUCGGGGGGCAGUGCCGGCGGGAACUACAACAACCUGAUGCAGCAGACCGUGAGUAACCAGCAGCAGCAGCAGCGUUCGCUGUUCGCCCAUCAGCAACGCCAGCAACAGAAGAGCACCUACAAAUACGCCACCUCCUCGCCAUCGUCCACUAACCCGGGCUCCCAGGGCUCCUCGGGCCUGGCGCCCGUCCAUGGUUCCGGCUCGAGUUCCCACCCGAGCCAGAAUCCGAAUCCCAAUCCCAACAGCGCUACUAACUCUAAUCAGCAGUCGCCGGCCAAUCGCCUGCUCCACUACACGACCUUCGAGAACAACCAGUACAAGUUCAGCCUGAACAAUGCGCUGGCCAGGGGCUCCAAGGGCGUGGUGAGUGGCGGGGGCAGCAUUAGCAAUCUGGCCGGGAAUAUGGUAUCCUCUGGUGGUGGUCCAGGUGCUGGUGGUGGUGCUUUCAGCCGGCAGCGCAGCUUCGUGGAGUGGCCCAGCAAUCCGGCGUCGCCGUACUAUUACCAGGGUCCCUCGACGCAGGUGGCGCAGGUGAAGCGGCGGGACGCCAAGUCGGAUAUCGGGGUGCCCACCAGGCGGCUCUCCGGGCAGAGUCUCACCAAGACGCAGCUCCUGACGGGCGGCGGCGGCGGCGGGAACAACCAGUUGGCCAACGCGGGCUGCUAUCCCCUGCACUAUGCCAGCAGCAGUGUUUCGGGAGCGGGCUACAAUCGUCCCUUGGGUCAGAGGUCAGGCGGGAAUGGUGGCUCCUCCUCGGGAGGCUUUGGCCUGCAGCCAGCCAAGUCGGAUCUCUUUUUGUCCUACAUACAUGGCGGGGAGUACGAGCGGCCCUACAUUUACAACUACAAGAUGCCGCAGAUGCCGGGAGGAGCUGGUGGAGGAGGGGGUGGAGCAGGAGGAGGAGCAGGAGCAGGGGGCUCCCCCAAACAACAGACCACCGCUUACCACAUCUCUGGAUCCCAGACCGCAGAUCCGCCGCCACCUCCUCCGCCGCUCUACGGAGGAACGGCGCCCGCCACCGACGUCAUGUACUAUCAGUUCGACAAAGGAGCCGCCGUCGCCGGAGCUCCCUCAACGUCGACAGCCUCCGCGUCCUCGUCGCCGGCCAUGCCCAUUGUCCAGCAGCCGCGUCAGUCGGGCGGUCCAUUAGUGUAUCUGCAGCAUGGCCAGAAUGCAUCUGUAUCUGUGCCCGUGCCCCUGCCCGUGGAGGUGCAGCAGCCAACUAGCGCAAUUCCAAAGCCCGCCGACCAUGCCCCUGCCGCAGGAGUGAGCUGCGCCUCCAAUCCGCCGCCCACUGCCUUCUGCAAACUUUGGUUGCAGCAACAGCAGCAGCAGCAGCACCAGCAAUCCCCGCAGCAACAGCAGCAACACCAGCUCGCCCAGCAGCAACAACUCUACGAACAGCAGCAGGCUUGGCUCUAGAAAAGAAUAAACACGCACAACGUGUAAGUGGAAAGUUAAAUGGAAACUACAUGUGCGGGUUCAACAUCAACAGACGAGGAGCAACAAUAAACAACAUUUAAAAGCCGCCGGGGCAAAAGUUGGUCUCAAACUUUCGCCAGCACGCUGCGUUUGCAAAUUAAAUGCACAUUAUGCCAACAUGUAAAUAGAUAAUGCUGUAUAUAAGCCAGUUGGGGGUACAGAAACUUAAUCGUAAACGAGGCAGCCCAGUAAUCUUAAGACGCGAAUAAUCAAAAAGCCAAAAAAGCAAAUGUAUCUCACAGAUAAACAACAGCAAUUGGGGGCCUGUGGCAUAAAAGCAGAAAAGAAACACAGAGAAGCAUAAAAGCAAAAAUAAAUUGUGCGUUAAUGAUAAGCGGGGCACAUUUCAGCGGCAUAAAAUUUAUUAAAAUAUGCGCACAAGCCAGACAACGCGGAAAACUCGGAAAACUUAGGAAAAGCCAGGCCCCCAAAAAGUAGGCAGCACAAACGGCGCACACAGACACACGCACACAAACACACCCACACACACACAUUCACAAAAGGGACUCUGGCCGGAAAUCGUUGGCGAUAAAUAUAAAAUUUUAUUGUUGUGCUUCGUAUCUGUGUGCGCCUGGAAGUAAAUUAAAUAUACGUUUUUAUUAACUACUAAGAACCAAUUUGAUACGCAUUUAAAUAAUGCCUCUUACACAAGAGUCCACACAAGAUUAUGUAAAAUUUAAUUUUACUGCAGCCAGCCGCAGCAGCAGCAACGAGAAAAGCCAAAUAACUGUAGAAGCCUAUAUGUGUAUGUAAUUUAAAUUUAAAUAAAAUAUAUUUAUAUUCGUAGAAGGAUACUCUAGCCGUAGCCCCAAACUACUUACUUACUUAUGCCAACAACGUCCAACAAUUUCAAUAAUAUUUACGUAAGCGAGCAACUUUUGACCAUAUACGUUAAGCCCUUUUAGCUUAGUUUAAUCAUUUGCAACUAAUUUAAGUCUGUCCGUCCGUUGACCUUUGGUGACUCCUGAAUUGUGUAAAUACCCCUUCUAUUAAUAAUAUUACUCAACAUUUGUGUGGUCAAACUAGAGUAGAAACGAAUACGGAACGCAUAUGAAAUAUUAUCGAUUAAACACUUUUACAAUCUACUGAAUAUUGGUGUAAACUGUAAACGAAAUGGAAACUUAAAUAUAUACGAUUAAAUGUCUCUAACAAGAUUUUACCAUGAGUGUGUCACUUUUAUAUAUAUAUCUAAUAUAUACAAUAAAAUUACCA